AUGCGUGCGACUACCACUUGGGCAAUCAGCCUGCUAUUUUCAAGACUCAUCAUCACUUCACCAGUCCCAGACCUUCCUACGACCGAUCUUUCAUGGGAUGUAAUCUGGAAUGUUUCAGGGCGGUAUCCGGUCAACCAAGGCUCACAGGUAAAGCCGCUCGAGAAACCAAUUCCCUUCGAUACAUUCGAUGUGCUUCUGUCAUGGACUUUCCCGAAGGGACCUCUGCCCGACAACAACAAAACUCCCCAGAUGAUUUCCACACUUCGUCCAUGGCUUGGCUCAGCCGACGUAAUUACGAGGAUGCCCUACCUCCAAGAGCCUCACCAGUGCACCUUCCCAGACCAAAAGUGCUCCGAUCCAGCCGCUUGCCAGGUAAUUUACCAAUGUCUCUUCAAGGAAUUCUUUACGCCAUCGGACCAAAACCUUGGAUUUGGCAGUUGCGUCAGUCAAACCCUUACUGCCACCCAAUACACUGCACAAGGACUAAACUGUCCACUACAACUCUACAACGCUCAGAAGGAUUUGAGGCAGAGCUAUGCUUGCACUAGUGAUCAAUACAGUCUAGUACCCCAAAAGUGGCUUGACUACCACGUUGAUGACAAUCUGCAAACCUUCUUGAAAGGCGGCAUUGACACUGAGGGUAUCUGGUGGCCAGGCGCCGACCUGUCGAAGCAAACACUAUCAAAGGCCUUGGGCUCGCAACUCCAGGGUUCCCCCGACUUAGAAUGCAACAUCGAAUCUCCAUGUACCGACCAAAUUGAUUGCAACCAAAUCGGCUCGCGUGCCAUGAUCGCACUAGGGACCACUCCCACGGCCGUUGCUAAGUCACAAUGGGGAUUUUACGCUCUGUUCGCUUUAGAGAAGAUAAGUCAACAGCUCUUUAACCAGUACGGUGAAUUAAAAGACGCCCUCAAUCGUUUGGCUCUUGAUACCUUUACGAUUGGUGAUUUCUUUCCCAGUCCGGAUCAGGGGUUCAAACUUCAAAACGCCAUCACAGGUAUGAGCACUAUCUUUGGUAUUGUUGGAGGCUUCGUCCCUGGCGGUGAACUUCUGGCCGCAGCCGGAACUAUAGCUUCUGCAGCGGGUAGCUUCAUCAGUAGUUCUGUCUCCUCACAGUCGGACCCUGAUAUCGCGCAGAAAAAUUUCGCCACUGUGAUUGGCGGCUUCUAUGAUGACUUAGUGCAGCGCUUGGACGAUGGAGCUGUCAAGAUAUUCAAUGGCGAAACUAUUGGCGAGGGCGACGUAUCGUUCAGCCUUGAAAGCAUGAUGAAAGGGGGCGGCUGGAUAGGCGAUCAAGCUCUAACAAAGGUCAGCGACAUGAGCAAGCUUAUGCACAAGGAACUACUUUGUCGCUCGCUCAAUGCGAUGUGGAAGACGGCUCCAAGUAAUAAGAUGUGGGUCAAUUUCCUCGAUCUCGGGGACGAUGCUGCAGGUACCAAAUGUCAGGCCGAUACGAGUGGCCCGCAACCUCUCAAGUACUGCGCAGGUGGAGGCGUUUACUACACCUACAAUUUCAUUCAGGCAGCCACUGUGAACUCUGACGAGCUAGGUGGGGUCAACUUCCCUUGGGGGGCAGAAGAGUAUCUCGCGUCCAAGCACGACAUAGAUAUGAGGUGGAUUACGGAAUCCUCAGCCAAGAGCUACCGGCUGGCAAAGGCGCACGGUCUCGACCCUUACAACUUCCCAGGCCCAGAAGGUUCAUCGUUGUUCCUGAGCGAGGCCUAUGACGGUCCGCCAGGUGAUACAGCAAUCACCGAGAUGGCGUGUCGAUAUCCUGGCUCUUGGACCCUACCUGUCUGCGAUAUGGGAACUUGGGGAGCUGCUUGGAAUUGGAAUUACGCCGACGACAAAAGCAUGCGGGAGCAGACUUAUGAAUUUCCGCCCUGUCUAUGUGGAAACGGAGAUGGCGACAUGGUGGACUGGGCGAAUGCAGCAGGCUUGUUCGACUUCAAGACUUUCUGGCAUCGCUGUGAGGAAGAGAUGGAGAAGAAGAAUUUCCAGUGGCCGGAUGGGGUGACGAGGGUUACGCUGCCAGGGAAGAUCAACCAUAUUCUCAAGAAAGGAGGUACUUGA